CUUUUUGUUCCUCUAUUGAGUCGUAGGCUAGCUUAAGAGGGGUCACCCCGCCCGCCACCCAGCCAUAAUCACCAGCCUCCUAGCUGAAAGCUUCCGCAGCCAAACAAAUAAAAGGAACUCAAGCUCGUCGCUGUGAACGCAGCAUCAACAACAACCCAGGAAUCAUCAACUUCCCUCAAAGUGAGCGAGCGGCCACGAUUCGAACAAUUCGACAACAAUGACGACGAAUGAAGCCAAGGUCGCCGCGUGCGAAUCCAUCAUCAAUUACGAGUUCCAAGACCCCAUUCUCUGUCUGCAAGCUCUUCAAGCUUCCGGCCAUGCGAUUUGGUGGCAUCAUGGCUUCGUCCGCGUCUACAAGAACGAUAGGCUGGCGGUCUUUGGGGAUGCAGUAGCCAAGGCGGCCGUGUGUCGAAGAUGGUUUGACAGUGGCCGAAACAAAGGCCAAUGGACUCAAGUCGAGCAGGCGCUGCUGGGGAACAGCAAUCUCAGCGCUGUCGGCCGCAGACAUGGUCUGCAGGACUGUGUCAUCUUGAACCAGGGCACGGUCUCUGUCUCCGACAAGACCAUGGCGACCACCGUCGAAGCCAUCUUGGGCGCGGUGCUCAUUGACGGCGGAAACGAGGCACUGGGUGCAGUCCUCAUCACACUCGGCCUAACCCACCCAUUGCUUCAAGCGGUAACGUUCUAUCUUCCUGUCCUCCUCUACAAGCAAGAUUGCACACCUCUCUCUGCGCUGACUGAGUUCUUAGACCGGACGUGAGGGGAUGUCGGGUCAGCUACGAGGCGGCCUCAUUGCUCGGUUGCGGAUCAGUUCCUUCUGCAUGUGAUGCUUGCCGGCAGUCCUGUGGUUGUCAACAGGCCUGUCCAGCCGUGAUCGCAGGGUCUUAAGUCCGGAUUCAUGCAUUAGCAACUGAUUCGCAACGGAGCUCUGAGGCCGCCUCGCCGGUGACCUCACAUCCCCUUACGCCAAGGUCCCUUGGGGUGAUACGGCAUAGUCACACGCGACUGGCCGGCGGUCGCGAGCAUCGGCACCAAAGGUUGGACACCUUUGCCGUAUAAAAAGGCAAGAUGCCAGACCUGCCCCAUGGGGGACUGAUGAUGGGCGCGCUACACUGUUGGAUUGCUACUUUUCAAGGCGUUGUUGUCCUAACACAUCGACAGGAGCAGGAAUAGGGCUGCCAUAUUUGACAAGACACAUCAGGGAGACGGGUUCCGGAGGCGAGCAGGAAGUGGAUAGAUGGUGAAGGAGGCGGGUUCAAGAAGGAAAGAAUGCUCACCGAAAGUGUAGUAGGAAUGCUGAAGCUGGGUUAUCCGGCUCCGAUUGACCGCAGUACUCUCAUUUAUGAAUGGCAUCAAUCGAAUGUUGAGCGAGUGCCUUCCCACCACAUCAACGUCUUUUUA